AACUUCAUUAGAGUUUGCAUUCUACUCAAAGUAUACACAUUAAUACAUUAUGAAAGGAUUGAUUUUAGUUGGUGGUUAUGGUACCAGAUUAAGACCAUUGACCUUAACUUUACCAAAGCCAUUGGUUGAAUUUGGUAACAGACCAAUGAUCUUGCAUCAAAUCGAAGCUUUAGCUGCUGCUGGUGUUACUGAUAUCGUUUUGGCUGUUAACUACCGUCCUGAAGUUAUGGUUUCUACCUUGAAGAAGUACGAAGAAGAAUAUGGUGUUUCCAUUACCUUCUCCGUUGAAGAAGAACCAUUAGGUACUGCUGGUCCAUUGAAAUUAGCUGAAAAGAUCUUAAAGAAGGAUGACUCUCCAUUCUUUGUCUUAAACUCUGAUGUUAUUUGUGACUACCCAUUCCAAGAAUUGGCUGACUUCCACAAGGCCCAUGGUGCUGCUGGUACCAUUGUUGCUACCAAGGUUGAUGAACCAUCCAAAUAUGGUGUUAUCGUCCACGACAGAGACACUGCCAACUUGAUUGACAGAUUUGUUGAAAAGCCAGUUGAAUUCGUUGGUAACAGAAUUAACGCCGGUUUAUAUAUCUUGAACCCAUCAGUUAUUGAUUUAAUUGAUAUGAAGCCAACCUCUAUUGAAAAGGAAACUUUCCCACUUUUGGUUGAACAAAAGCAAUUAUACUCCUUUGACUUGGAAGGUUACUGGAUGGAUGUCGGUCAACCAAAGGAUUUCCUUUCUGGUACCUGUUUAUACUUGACUUCUCUUUCCAAGAAGUCUCCAGAAAAGUUAUGUAACGAAAAAUUCGUUCACGGUGGUAACGUUUUGAUUGACCCAACUGCCAAGAUUCACCCAUCUGCUUUAAUUGGUCCUAAUGUCACCAUUGGUCCAAAUGUCGUUGUUGGUGAAGGUGCUAGAAUCCAAAGAUCUGUUCUUUUAGCCAACUCUGAAGUCAAGGACCACGCUUGGGUCAAGUCCACCAUUGUUGGUUGGAACUCCAGAAUUGGUAAGUGGGCUAGAACCGAAGGUGUCACUGUUUUAGGUGAUGACGUUGAAGUUAAGAAUGAAAUUUAUGUUAACGGUGCCAAGGUCUUACCUCACAAGUCUAUUUCUGCCAAUGUUGAACAUGAAGCAAUUAUUAUGUAAGAUAUUACAACCCUUGUAACUUUAGUGGAGAGUGUGUGUGUUUUUUUUUAUAUAGUUUAACAAUCGGGGAAGUGUUGAUUCGCUUUCUUUUAUAUAUACGGGAAAAAAAGAACAAUAAAUAUAAUAGAAUAACGUAUUUACAAGUUAUAAAGAUAACAAACCAUGAACACAACUUUUUCUAAGUGGUUCAGAUAAUGGUUUAACCCCACUAAGAUAUUGCAAGAAUAAUUGGUUACUGACAGAUGGUUCAUCCACUACUCCCAAGGGAACAGUUUCUUUGGUCAUGGUGUUUACAUAAGAAACACUAAGUUUACCUCCAGUUCUUGUUUCUAAGCAUAACAAAUGAUUCUUUGGAACUGAAUCUCUACGACCACGGAAGAGUUCACGGAAUUGAUCUAAACCCGAAGUUAACUUCUCACCAAGUUCUUUACUCUUUGGAUGAGCAAGAAUUGAUCUGAUUAACCCAUCACGAAGAUGGUUGAAAUCGGUAUCUCUAACUGGACUUAUACGAGCCAUGAACUUAACAUCGUUGGCAAGUAAUUCUGCAAUCACUUCUGGUGAUUCAGCUGGGGUAGUUAACUUAUCAUGGCCAAGUUUGGUCAAGAUUUUGGUAGCUUUGGGAAUGUCGCGUUGUGCGAUAUAGAUCCCAAUGGCAUACACUCUCAUUUGUAAGAAUGUCACGGUUCUAACACCAUAUCCUAUCAAAUGGAAAUCUUCUUGAAAUUGGUCGGGUUUCUUGAUCUCCAAGGGGAAUGGAGCAACAUUAGAGUCCACUCUAACAGUGUUUGGUUUCUCAUCCUCGGUCUUUGAGUCUAACAACGUGGGUGUUUGGAGAAAAGCCAAUGACGAAAACCCAAUUGCUAAAGGAAGACUAUAAGUAAAUACAUUUCUUCUGGUUAUAACGCUAGCCAGUCUUUUGACAAAGAGAAAUGCUGAUCUCUGGGUGAAUAAUCGAAACAUGGUUGGCUGCUA